CGGUGUUGCCAUUACAACUGUCAUAAUUCUAUCAAAGACCAGCUACUUCGAGCAUCAGCCAACCUUCACGACGCAUCUAUCGCAGCUACGGUACCCAGUCUCUCUAUCAGGCAACGAUAGAAACAGUCCACCAGAGUUCACCCAAGCUCCAUUCAUUGCCCAACGCAGUACAGUCGUACCGCUAGUCUCAUUUUCACCGACAGCAGUCCUCUUUUCGACACGAGACGAGACGAGACGAGACAAAACAUCCUUUCCAAUCGCGACCACGAAGAUACCAUGGACCCUCAAAACCCUCAAGAAAUCGCAUCGAUCAUAGCUGUUCUUCAGGAGACACAAGAACUGCAACGCCCUGUGGGAGAAGAAUUCGCGAUUGCGCGUCAUCGAGAAGCCCAAUCGUCCACCACUGUUCCUUCUCUGGAGGAAGCCCAAGAGGAGAUGAUCUCCAUGGUGUUUGCGGCAGGACGAGCCACCGAAGAAUUCGAUUGUGCCCGAAUUCGCUUCCUAUUUUCAGUUCACCCUUCCUUGACGGGGGUUCGAGAUGAAAUCUUGGCAGUGUUCAUAAUCUUGGAAAGUGACGACUGGAAGGAGGGUGUCGACGCCUUUCUCUGGCUGUUGAUCCAAAAAUACCCUACCCUCGUGGAGCAUAUGUUUGACCACACUCUAGUAAUCAAAGUGCUCAGCAUACCAACAGUGUCCCAUGAAGUACUCACAGCAAUCAUCGAAUUUAGAUUGUCUGCGUCGUGUCUCCAGUGGAUCGGGUGGGAGGAAAUGCCCUUGCUGUAUUAUGCAGCCAGGGAUGUAAGAGUGAGUCUUUCUUCCUUGAAGUGCGUGGGCGACAUGGACCCGUCGAUGGCAUUUGAUAGCCACGUGUCUGGGGACUUGAUGCCUAUCCGUAGCGUCUUGAGACGACUCUGCCGGCCAGACGAAUCGGAACACAAGUUUCGUGAUUCGGAUAUGGCGAAGCUGCACUAUCUUCUAAAGCUGUGCCCCGAGAGUGCUUUCAUGGAUCAACGCAGCGAUUGCACCGCGUUGGAGUGGGCCUAUGCGAAUGGCGCGUCGUUGGAUGUGCUCAGAGCCAUUUCCGAUGUUCACGACCAGUGCGACUUUUCCGACGAGAUCUGUGCCCCCCCCUACGCCUACGUGACAGAUCGAAUUGAAUUGAAAAACUCCAUUCUAACUCGAGCAAAGCUUGCGGCCAUGAAAGGAUGUCUCCUCAACCAUCCAAAACUAAAACUAAUGUGCGGUCCAAUGGACUGGGACGUCGAUGGAGUUUUCGCCUCGCAGGAAUUGUUGAACCAGAGAACCCACCCUCUCGACUUAGGAAUUCGUAUCCCCGAACCUGGAUGUCUAUUGCAAGAUGGACAGGCCCAUGGUGAUGCACCCGUCUUCGUGGCGGACGCGCUUCUGGGGCAACUCGAUUAUGUCCACUCGCUGCAGCUACAUUUCCCCGAAAGCAAAUCCUGCCACUCCACCGUCCUGCAGUUCUUGGAGCGCGGUCUCCAGAAAAAUGUGAGCAUUACUGACCUCAGCUUGAUCUAUCUUUGCGUUGACGAAGAUUGCUGGUCGUCUCUCUACAAUAUCAUGGCCAAGACAAGGAUCAUGAAAUUUUACCUGCACAUUCGCGAACGACUCGAUCCUGCUCCAGAUUGCAGUAUUUUGCCAGCCAACAACAAUCGUUUGCACACAUUCAAGUAUGCUGACAAUGAUCGCAACUCAGGGUAUGCCGACCUCUCGAGUAUGCUUGCCCUGGUUUCCCGACUACCAGAGCUCCACCAGAUCAGUUGGCGAUCACCGAUAGAUGUUUCUGGUUGGAUCUUGGAACGGAUCGAGGCAGGUCGUCUGAAGGAGCUACAUUAUGAAUCAAGCCGACUUUUGAAUAUGAAGACGCUGACCGAAGCCCUUCGCGUACAGUCUUCCCUCGAAGUCCUUCAUUUGGAGCCAACAACUGAAAAAGAAACAUACACGAAGGCAGAUUGCAGAGUCCUGGCUAAGCAUCUGGAGCGUGAAAACUUUUCGUUGACGAAAGCCAAGGUACUACCAUGGCAUGCGGAUGGCGCUGAGAAGGACGCAAUGUAUGUUGAGCACUUCACAGCGUUGAAUGCUCUCGGGAGGAAGACGCUGACUGAGCCAAGUUGCACUCGCGAGCACCUUUGUCAGAAAUUGCUCGAGAUCCGUGUCAAGAAGGUGCGGAUCGGUCCGAUGUACCCUCCCUACGAUUCGAUAUACUACCCUCCCUACGAUUCGGUGGCUGAGUUGAAUGCCUUUUUCAAUUACUUGUCCCUGUGUCCCGAAACCUGGAGCGUCCCCGUGACCCGAAACCUGGAGCAGGAAGUCGCUGAAGAACCCAACGUGCACCAGGGAGUGGCUUGUUGGUAGCUUGAUCUCGACAGGUACAUUGCACAAAGAUGCAAAAACGCUUGUUCCUUUUGAACUAUUGUUGUCAUACGUCAAAGUCUGGAGCCACAAAAUGGUCUAAACGCCCGAAUCCGGUUCUCACCGAGUGUUGCAUCCGUCUCAACUGGGCAAAUCGUCAGCCCCAACGCACUGCCUGAUGAAUCAAUUGUCAUGCUGCGGGCUUCGUCCCUUUAGCUCUACCGGUAUCUAGAAACAUAGUUGUAAUCCACCAAGUAGAAGGGUAGCUGUAACAAACCUAAACAUAGUCACACC